AUUGAUUCAUCGCCGUAUGGAUCUGCUUAUCAUCUGUCGCCUCCACCAGACACAAGCUGGCGAAGUUGUGGGCUACCCAAGAUGCACCGCUAUCUGUUUAAUGGCUUAUCAUUGUCUCGGGUACACUCUGAUCCAUCCCUGCACAUGAAUGCAAUGGGAAAUGCCAGUGACAAUUACGCACAGCAACCCAUGACUCCACCUUCACAUCGACAGAUGGUUGAACUGGUUGGUGAUAAUGCUGGCGACAACCUACAGAUGAACUACUGGGAUUCUAAAAAAGUUAGUCCAUCUCGACCAAAGUCGUGUGAAGUUCCGAACAUUAACAUUUAUCCAAGUCAAGAACAUGACUGCAACAAUUCCCCAACUCUAGUAUUGUCUGUAAACUCUAACAACACAGGAUCGUUACCUGACCUUUCUGUGCUGCAGUUUCCCUCUCCUCUGGCUACUCCUCUUGACCAAGAAGAUCCUUACAAUAAUGUCAACACAGGCACGCCAGUUAGCCUAAGUCCUACUAGUCCACACCACAUGCCACUUGGCCAACAAAGCCCUCAAAGCCCUGGCCAGCGUCGGAGACAAACUUCCGGCAUACCCAGUCCUUUGGUUCUCAAUCAGAUAGGAGGGCCGUCAUCUCCAGCUGGAGUCACAGGUAUGGACCCUUGCAUGCAGCAGCAGUACAUGUGCUUACUACAGCAGCAACAGCAGCAGGUGGAACAGCAACGGAUGAGGCACCAGGCCACUCAUCCCCUUACCAGCCAACCCUAUACCACUCCGGACUCUCCCUUGUUCACAGCUCAUCACCAUUCAGAUCACCAUCAUCAGAACACAGAACAGACCUCAGCAUCAAAUAUUCAUCAGCACACAUCGCCUACGACGACAUCAACUUCCCACAGUAAUUUCACGUACAGUCUCCCCCAGCUGCAAAAUGCACCCUUCACACAACAAAUGCAGCAACUUACAAGUCAGCAGCAGCUUACGAACCAACAGCAACAGCACAUGAAUCAGCAACAACAGCACAUUAACCAACAGCAGCAACAAGAUAUCAAUCAACAACAGCACAUCAGCCAGCAAGAUGUGUCCAUGACCCAGUAUCGAAACAGUGUCUCAGAUUGUAACUGCCAGUCACCAACCUCGCCACAUUCUACUUCAUCAUAUAGCCCUGUCCAGUCGCCAGGAGUGGGGCCCAACAACCAAGUGGCUGACGCUGCAUUUAGUGAUUCUUACUAUAUCCAACAGCAGCAACAGACUAGCACACUGCAGCAUCAGUUUGAACAGUUCAACAUGGCAGCCUUUUUGGCAAUGUCCAGUUCUGAUGACUUCUUUCAGCCCCACUUUUUGGGGCCUAUUGAUGUGAUGGCUAGUGGUCAUUGUAACAGCCAGACCACCAUGUCAUCAGCAAAUAACCACCAUAUGAGUCAGCAUAAUUCUCUGUCCUCACCAACCAGCAGCAGUAUACCGGACAUCAUUCUCACAGGUGCAGAUGACAUGUACAGACUGCCUCUUGACUUUGCUAGAGAUUUGGGAAAUGCCAUCACAGGCUUAACAGACAGCUUUGACGCAGAUUUUCUGACCAAUGAUGAAGCAUUCAAAGCUGGGCUUGAUCCUUUAGACUUGGAAGAGAUUCAGAUGCUGACUGAUGCCAGUUUAGUGGCCGACCCGGCUAUUGAAGAUUCGUUCAAAUUGGACAGAUUGUAA